AUGUCCUCAGCUUUAAUUUCAGCUAGAGAGGAGGCCUCCAAGUCGGAAUACUCGUCCGCCGAAGAGAAGUACUUGUCCAUCAUCCAGUCUCCUGAGACUCUAGACGUUCCCCAAAACAAAAUUGUCCAAGAACAGGAGGCAGCCAUAUUAGAACUUGGCAAGAUCUAUGAAACCACCAAACAAGUAGAGAAGAUCUCCGAUUUGAUCGAUCAGUCCAAGACUGUGUUGGGAGGAUCGUUCGCCAAGUCCAAGACAGCCAAGAUCAUCAAGACGCUUAUUGAGUACAUUGACGAAGUCCCAGAGUCCAUUGAUUUGUCGAUCAAGGUCACAGAAAACUGUAUAGAGUGGGCAAUUGAGCUGAAGUUGACCUUCUUGAGGCAAUCCUUGCAGUUGAAGUUGGCUUCCAGCUUCUACCAGAAGCAACAGUACCAGCAAGGAUUGAAGAUCAUAACCGAGUUGUUGAGAGAGUACAAGAAGUUGGACGACAAGUCGUCGUUGGUCGAAGUGCAGUUGUUGGAGUCGCAGAUUUACCACGCCUUAAGAAAUAUCCCCAAGUCCAGGGCCGCUUUGACGAGUGCCAGGACCUCCGCUAACCUGAUCUACUGUCCUACUUUGUUACAGGCUGAGUUGGACUGUCAAUCAGGGAUCUUGAAUGCCGAAGAUAAAGAUUAUAAGACCGCUUUCUCGUACUUUUUCGAGUCCUUUGAGGGGUUCAACAGUCAGGACGACCACAGAGCUAUCGUCGUGUUGAAGUACAUGUUGCUUACAAAGAUUAUGCUCAACUUGAUUGACGAUGUCAAUUUGAUCUUGAAUAACAAGAACGUCGUGAAGUACCAGUCUAGAGAUAUUGACGCCAUGAAGUCUAUUUCAUUGGCCUACUCCAACAGAUCGUUGAAGGACUUCGAAAACUCUCUAACUACUUACGCUCACGAAUUGAAAUCCGACUCCAUCAUUAAAUCCCACUUCAACGAACUUUACGACAACUUGUUGGAACAAAAUUUGUUGAAAAUCAUUGAAAGUUACAGUACCGUGGAAUUGAGCCACAUUUCCAAGACAAUUGGGUUAAGCUUAAGUCAAGUGGAAGGUAAAUUGUCACAGAUGAUCUUGGACAAGAUAUUCUACGGGGUGCUCGACCAAGGUAAUGGUUGGUUAAUCAUUUAUGACAAGCCAAGAAAGGAUGCUACUUACGAAGGUGCAUUAGACUUGGUUAAGAACUUAUCUAAUGUUGUAGAUUUAUUGUACGAAAAGGCGUCAUCACUUAAUUAG